GUUUUCACUGAAUGCCAGUGUCUAUUCAUAUGAGUAUAAUGACUGUCUGCCAGAAAAAUAAAAACUAAAUAAUCUUGUCAUUACGUGCAAUUGCAUUCAUCGUAUUUUGUUGUUCAUUAACAUUCAUCUAUUUGAAUUCUCCACAAUGCAAAUGUAUAUGAAUCGUUUUUCUCUUUAAGUGAAGCAUUAAAUAUAUAAUUUUAAGUUGUGAAACAAUCCGUUGUACAUUAUAAAAGAUUGUGUUUUAAACAUGCGAGAGUUUAAAGUUGUUGUGCUCGGAUCUGGCGGAGUUGGUAAAUCGGCCCUAACUGUUCAAUUCGUGUCGGGAUGUUUUAUUGAAAAAUAUGAUCCCACAAUUGAGGACUUCUAUCGAAAGGAAAUAGAGGUGGACAGCUCUCCCUGCGUUUUGGAAAUACUGGAUACGGCAGGGACGGAGCAGUUUGCUUCCAUGAGAGAUCUCUACAUUAAGAAUGGACAUGGAUUUAUAGUGAUGUAUUCGCUGACUAAUCAUCAAACAUUUCAGGAUAUUUCUAGUAUGAAAAAUGUGAUUACUCGCGUUAAAGGAAGUCAGCCAGCUCCAAUAUUGCUUGUAGCGAAUAAAUUCGAUUUGGACUGCCAAAGAGAGGUGUCUACUGCUGAAGGAAAUGCCUUGGCACAACUUUGGGAAUGUCCAUUUAUUGAAGCAUCAGCAAAAGAUCGAAUAAAUGUCAAUGAAGUCUUUGCCACGAUUGUUCGAGAAAUGAAUUUAACACAAGAAAAACGACAAAAAAAGAAAUACUGUUGUUGUACGCUUUUAUAGAAAUUUGUAAAUAUCUAAGAUAAUUAUAGUUAAAAAUAAAAAUCACUUAUAUGUAUGUCAUAAUGAUAA